AUGCGUUUCUCUUUUACUGCCGCUUUCGUCGGUGCUGCCGCCUUGAUCUCUUCCGUUUCUGCUGAUUUCUACAACCGUCUUAACGUGGAUGAUGCUGCCUUUUUGUUUGUUGAUCAUCAAACUGGUCUUUUGAACUUGGUUCAAGACUACAACCCUGAUACCUACUUGAACAACAUCAUGGGUUUGGCCGAGUCUGGCCAAAUGCCUGUUGUCCUCACCACCUCUCGUGAAGAUGGUCCCAACGGUAUCUUGCUCCCUGAGCUCAAGGCUUUGUUCCCCAACUCUAGCUAUGUUGCCAGGCCUGGUCAAAUCAAUGCCUGGGAUUCUGAAGAGUUCCGAGCUGCUGUCAAGAAGACAGGCAAGAAGCAAUUGAUCAUUUCAGGUAUUGUUACUGAUGUCUGUGUUACUUUUGUCUCCCUUUCUGCCAAGAAGGCUGGCUAUGAGGUCUUUGUUGUUACCGAUGCUUCUGGUACCUUCAGCGAGGCUGUCCGUGAUGCUUCUUGGUUGAGAGUGCAACAAGGUGGCAUUCAACUCAUGAACUGGUUUGCUGUUGCUUGUGAAUUGGGCCGUGAUUGGCGUAAGGAUAUCAACGGUAUGGCUGCUUUGUUCGCUAAGCGUUUGCCUUCUUAUGCUCACAUCAUGGACUCGUUUGCUGGUGCCCAAGUACUCGUUAAGGGCUCUGCUUAA